AUGUCUAGAGUUCGUAUUUUGAACUUACCAAAUGACUGUACGGAACAACAAUUAAGGGAUUUCAUAGCCAAAGACCUUCCUACGGGAUCCCCAUCUGUCGAAAUUACUGACGUUCUUAUAAAGCGAUUUAAUCCCCCUUCGCGCAUGGCAGGGGAGAAGAACAAAUUAAUUGGCAAGGAGCAGCCUCCACUUGGAAAAAUACGGAUGGCUUUUGUGGGAUUUAAGACUUCUGCGGCAGGGCGCUUCAUUGCUAAGUACUUUCACAACUCAUAUUUUCGAAGUAGCCGUAUCCACGUUGAACUAGCAAAAGGUUUAAACGAUCCCGGAUUGACAACUAAUGCAAAAAAGAACUUAGGAUCCCUAGAACAAGGCCACACUCCGAAGCAUGAGGGCCUUACGACUGCAUCUGCCACGAAGCGCCGACGAGAUGAGGCUGCAGACGGCAAAUUCACUUCGGACGACGCUAAAAUUACAUCAUCAAUAAAUGCAAAAAAAACUAAGGUAGAGGAAGGUAUGUGUCAUGAUGUGAGUGUAUCAAAAGAAAAGAAGGAUGUUCGUAGAACUGAGUUUGUUGAUGAACGCAUAAAAGCUACAGAAGGUCCGUCGUGGGCGGCAGAAGUACUCGUUCCUAGCAGCGGGAAUACUUGGACUACAACAGAAAAACUUCUUGAUAAUACGGCUACAGUCGGCGGCUCUGGCAUGGCGGAUAUUUAUCCUGUAGAAGUAAGCGAAGAAGAACGGAAAGCACUAGAAAGGCAGCAAGCGCUGGGUGAUGUGGAGGACACAGACUUUCUUAACAAUAUAACCGCACCAGUUGAAUCUGAUCUUCCCUCAGCCUCCUCUAAUUCACACAAAAUGACAGAAAAUGCCGUGGACGAAAACAGGUUGCACAGUGCGUGCAUCGAAAAUGCUGAUAGAGAUGAAGAGAAUCCAAGCGAUAAAGAAGCCAAGAUUGCACGGAAAUCUCGCCGUGUCCGCAUCACUAACAUACCAUACUCUGCGACCGAAGAAAAUAUAAAACAAUUCACGUCUUCCCUUGUGGGUCCAGUGGAGGCGGUUCAUAUACCACUCACGAAGGAUACGAGGCAAAGCAAAGGCUCCGCCUUUGUGCGAUUCUGUAAGGAAGAAGAUGCACUACGGGCUUUGAGUUUGUGUAAUGGGGUCAUUUUUAUGGGCAGGUUGUUGCGGGUCAAUGCCGCUGAGGAGGAUCCACACAGCAAGCGCGUCAUCGCGCGCGAGGCUCAGCGUGCCGCCGGUGCUCCAAUCACGCGCGACGAUAGCGCGGGUAAUCAUCUAGGAAGCUCCUCCUUCAAGGUUAGCAAGGAAAUGGAACGUCAUACAAGGGGCGUGUAUUCUACCGACGCGUCGGUCUCAUGGAACGCGACGUAUAUGAAUGCGCACACAGCAGUGGAUGCCGUAGCGCAACGUAUUGGUCUUCGCUCCGAGGACAUCGUUGCGGUAACAAGUAAAGGGGCAGCGGUGCGGGCUGCGAUUGCUGAGGCUCAUCUCACGAAUGAGGUCCGCCAGGUAUUCAGUGAUGAAGGCGUCAACUUUGAUCUCCUUGAGUCAUCUCAGCACAACCUUCUAAAGCCGCGUAGUAACACAACCAUUCUGGUGAAAAACUUGAGUCUUAAGCAACCACAGGAUGUCGUGGAUCUGACGCAGCUUUUUCUUAAGUUUGGUGCGUUGGAGGCAACCGUCUUUCCAUCUUCGGGAGCCUUUGCCCUGUUCCGGUACCUCCACCCACAAGACGCCCGCAUUGCCUUUUCCAGAUUGGCUUUCAAGCCAUUUAGGAACACACCGUUGUUUUUGGAAUGGGCACAGAUUGGUAGUAUCGUAGAGGAUGCGGAUGAGAUGGGGAUUGAUCCAAAUUGUGAGACCAAGCAUCACGAAACGCUCGGGGAAGAUGGUGAAGGAGCCAACGCGGGUGCUACCGCCUCCGAUGCCCAGACACUAUCCUCGAAGACAACAGUGUACACCCUCUUUAUCACAAACAUUCCAUUCAGUGCCACGGAAGAUGACCUCCGCGACUUCCUUGUGGACAGCUGCCCACGCCUGGCCAGACGCGCCACAGAACUCAUCCAGCGCCUCGUACACCAGCGGGAGCUCGGUCGUGCUUUCCUGACAGUUCCAGAUGCAAGAACCUUCACGUAUUGUUUGACUAAGCUGAAUGGUAGCACCUUCGAUGGGCGUACCCUCUCUUGUGUCGCGAGCAAACAAUCAUCCCUUGCUCUUGGAAAAGGACAGGCUGACAAUAUCAAAUACUAUCGAAACACUGGUGCUAAUGAAAUGGGAUCUGGUGAAUAUGCAGAAAAGGAUGAAGAGCACGAUCUUUCCAAGGUAAAAUCAGUCGUCGCAUCUCGCAAAAUGGAACAGUCUAGCAGUGGCAGCGGUGGUCCCAAGGUCCCGCCCGGCUGCGACCCGUGCAAGAUCGUCGUGAAGAAUCUGCCUUUUGAAGCAACCGAACAGGAUGUACGCGAUCUCUUUUCGGCAUUUUCCGAAGUUCGCAGUGUGCGCGUGCCUCGAAAGAAUAACAACUUUACGUCGCACCGUGAGAACAAUCAUCGUGGGUUCGCCUUUGUUGAAUUUCUGUCCGAAGCUGAGGCGGCGCGUGCAUUCGUGUUGGGCUCUACGCACUUAUAUGGAAGACAUCUAGUUCUUCAGUAUGCAAAACUCGAGUAA